GCGAUUCGCGCUGUUACACAUUUACACGAUUACAUACAAUACAAAUACGUUGAUACAGACUUCUUGAUCUAUUCAGUUGCCUACAGCAAUCCAAUAUUACCCAGGACUACCAAUCCUUGACAAUUCCUACCAGAACUUACUCUUGAUUCAAUAAAUUAACCAGUGUUCAAUCAACACACUGCACCUUCCUGUCCUGUUCCCUUGCACUACGAGAUUUCCCAGUUCAGCGCUGACGCCACCGUUCUGCUCCCUGGCAGUUUUCGGGACAGGAUGUCUAAUAAUCUCGCUCUAAGGUGAUCAAUCAAAUCCCAACGCAUCCGAAGUUGCCUCAUCUCAAAGGGGUAAAGAUGCCAACACGUCCGCGCAUCACCACCAUUCUCCCAUGCACCAACCUAGCCUCCGCGACUUGUUUCUUCCUUCGUCUCGGCUUCAACGCGCCGUCCAAGGAUGAAAUGAACGAAUGGGACCAGUACCUCAUGCUCGACCACCCUAAUGGCUCCGAAAUUCAUCUGAGGGAGAUUGGACCAGACGAGGAAGGGUGGCUGGAGCCACAUAAGAACUCGUUUGGCAUCUAUGUCUAUUCCGAGGACGUAGAAGCACUAGCCAUGGAGUUUGCCAACGAGAUCAUCGAGCAGGGGAAGAAGCCCGAGAUCAAGGAAUGGGGUUUGCUUGAGUUUAGUCUAAACGGUCCGGAUGGGUGUUUGGUCCGGGUCGGAUGGCCUGUGGGGGACAUUGAGAUGGGCAAGAGGAAGGUUGGGGAAAAGAGUGAAUAACAAGUGAGCGCAGAACAUUGGGUGUAUUCAGUGUGGAUCACUGUCCAUGCCUCAUAUCAGGUCUUCACAAAGCGCGUGCAUCGCCCGCAAGAGGAACAACAAGGGAGAUACUGCACAUACAACCAAAAGUUGGCAUGUUAUUAGUGAAUAACCGAUGAAUUAGAAUGUAUUCAUUCUACCUAGUCAGAAUGGAAUUCAACCUGAGCAGCA